AUGGCUUCCCUGAACGACCAAAACGCCGAUUCCGGCGCCAAGCCCAAAAAGCAAAUUCUUCUGAACGCCUUUGACAUGUUCACCGUAGGGCACUUGUCCUUCGGUCAAUGGCGAAACCCCAAGGACAGAGCCAAAGACAAACGCCGUGAUCUCACUUAUUGGACGGACCUAGCAAAGCUCCUUGACAAGGGAGGGUUUGUAGGCUUGUUCUUGGCCGAUACGUUCGGACCAUACGACACUUACAAGGGCAGUGCGGAGCCAUCGGUUCGGACUGGCGCCCAAUGGCCGAUGGCUGAUCCCGUCAUCCCCGUUUCCGCAAUGGCUGCUGUCACCAAGAAUCUUGGUUUUGCCAUCACAACGUCAACUUCGUACGAGCAGGCGUACGUGGUUGCUAAACGGUUCAGUACCCUUGAUCACCUUACGAAAGGACGAUUCGGGUGGAACAUCGUCACCAGUUGGAAGGAAUCAGCUUCCAAGGCUGUGGGCCUGCCAUUGGUCGAACAUGAUACUCGGUAUUCGAAUGCAGACGAGUAUUUGCGAGUCUUGUACAAAUUAUGGGAAGGAUCAUGGUCAGACACAGCAUUGGUUGAAGACGCGGAGAAGGGCAUCUACUCCGACUACUCCCAAAUCCGUCCCAUUCAUCACCAUGGCAAAUUUCAUGUCGAUGCUCCCUUCCUGACAGAUCCUUCACCCCAACGUACCCCAGUGCUAUUCCAGGCCGGUACAUCUCCUGCCGGUAUCAAAUUCGGCUCAACUCACGCCGAGGGCAUCUUCGUCGCCGGCCUCUCCCCACACGCCGUAGCACCAAGAGUAAAAGCAAUCCGCGAAGGAGCCAUCGCCGCAGGCCGAGAUCCGUACUCUGUCAAAGUCUUCGCCAUGAUCACCCCCAUCAUUGGCAAAGACGAAGAGGACGCCAAGCAAAAGUACGAAGAAGCCCUCAAAUACGUCCUCGUCGAAGGCGGGCUCGCACAAUUCUCCGCAACGACGGGCAUCGACGUCUCCCAGUUCGACCUGGACCACGAGCUCACCGAGAAGGACGUCGCGAGCCACCUCCAGCGCAUCCACUCGUCUCUGUACAACCUGCGCUAUCGCGGAGACGACGUGCCGAAACUGACGCCCCGGAAUCUGGGUACAGUGACGGCAAUCGGUGGGAAUGGGGCCAUGCCUGUGGGUACUGCGGCGCAGGUUGCGGAUGUCUUUCAGGAGUGGGUGGAUAUUGCCGACGUGGAUGGCUUCAAUAUCGGGUACGUGGUUACCCCGGGAAGCUUUGAAGACGCUGUUGAGUACCUCGUCCCGGAGCUUCGAAGCAGAGGGUUGUUGGCAGAGGCGAUCCCGGAGUAUGCCUCGGCUCCCACCUUUAGAGAGCAGAUUUACGGUCUUGGACAGAAGGGAUUGAGGUCAGAUCACCCGGGCUUCAAGUAUAAGUAUGAUACUUAUGAGGAGACUGUUGCCAAAGAAGAUGCUGCGAAGGCUGCAGCGGUGGAACAAACAAAGUAG